AUGCUUCCUUCGGAUGCAGUCGCAAGUGCUAAUGAACAGCCACCUAUUAUGCCUUUAUCUGACGUCACAUCGAGUCUCAUGCCAACAAGCAUUGGAGAAUCAUGUAUAUUACCGUACAAUUUCAGUACUUACACUUGGGACAUGUACUUUUGUAACAAUGGUUAUUGUCCAACACCAAGUAAUCAAAAUACUGAAUGUAGACCUGGUAAAUAUGGUUAUUUUGGUUUCAUCUCUUCGAAAUUAAUAUCUUUACCUUUGAAAACUGGCUCGGGAAGUAUUAAUGGUAUCAACCAACAAUGUCUAACGUAUUAUUAUUUUUUCUCAAAUAUGAAUGGAACACAACAUAUUAUUAAUGUACGUAAAGAAGAAGUAGGAAGCACCAGUGAAAUAAUUGACAACGUUAAAAGUAGUCCAUUCAAUGGAUGGAUAAAACACGAAGUGAAUUUUACUACUGCAACGUCUGGAUACAAAAUUUACUUUAACCUUGAGAAAAAAACUACAUCUGUUGGAGUACGAUCCUAUAUUGCAAUCGAUGAAAUUUCAAUUUAUCAAGGAAAUUGUUUUGACAAACCUUUAACUGAAAGUACAGAUACUACAUUAAUAACAUCAAUGGAAACAACAACAGCCGAUACUGUGAUUCUAACUAGUGUAUCGGACACAUCUAUUGAACAAAUAACAAGCAUAACCACAACAGAACCAUUGACAACAGUAAUUUCUAAUCCUUAG